ACAGUGACAUCUGGUGGAUAAAGUGAGACAAAACCACGUGUGUAGUCAAACACCAGAUCUCCUCUGAUUGGCUGAUUUUGCUGCACACGUAGGACUUCCCAUUUUGUAACACAGUCGGCGUGCCUGUUACCAAACACAAAUUCCUCAGUAAACACAAGCGGAGCUAAAAAGUAGGGUCACAGACAUGGCUCAUACAUGUAUUCACUGGUUCCGUAAGGGACUCAGGCUGCACGAUAACCCAGCACUGAUGGCUGCUCUGAGGGACUGUAAGGAGAUCUACCCUGUGUUUGUCCUGGAUCCUUACUUCCAUACCAAUACCCGUGUGGGCAUCAACCGCUGGAGGUUCCUCAUUGGAGCCCUAAAAGACCUGGACUGCAGCCUCAGGAAACUCAACUCCAGGCUGUUUGUUGUGAGAGGCAAACCAGAGGAUGUGUUCCCCAAGCUGUUCAGCAAGUGGAAAAUAACAAAGCUGACCUAUGAGUAUGACACAGAGCCCUACAGUCUGAGUCGGGAUGAAAAAGUGACUGCACUGGCCAAAGAACAUAACGUGGAAGUCAUCUACAAAAUCUCACACACUCUUUAUGAUAUAGACAGGACUAUUGAGGAAAACAAUGGGAAGGCUCCCCUUACAUAUAACCGCAUGCAAGCAAUAGUGAAAACUCUUGGCCCCCCUAAGAAACCAAUCCCUGCUCCAACCUUGGAAGACGUGAAAGAUGUGAUGACGCCUUGCUCAGAGAACCAUGAGAAGGAAUAUGGGAUCCCUGUGCUGGAGGAGCUCAGCCAGGACACUGCAGCUCUUGGAGAGGAGCUGUUCCCAGGGGGAGAACAGGAAGCUCUGAGGAGACUAGAUGAACACAUGAAACGGACGGGAUGGGUGUGCAACUUUGAGAAGCCCCAGACGUCUCCAAACUCUUUGAGCCCCAGCACAACUGUUCUAAGUCCAUACGUCACCUUUGGCUGUCUGUCUGUACGCACCUUCUGGUGGAGGCUGACGGAGGUGUAUCAAGGGAAGAAGCACUCAGAUCCUCCAGUUUCCCUGCAUGGCCAGUUACUGUGGAGAGAGUUCUUCUACACAGCCAGUGUGGGUAUCCCAAACUUUAACAAGAUGGAGGGCAACCCUGUUUGUACUCAAGUGGACUGGGACACUAACCCAGAAUAUCUGGCUGCAUGGAGAGAGGCACAAACUGGUUUCCCCUUCAUUGAUGCCAUCAUGACUCAGCUGAGACAGGAAGGCUGGAUCCACCACCUGGCUAGACAUGCUGUCGCUUGUUUUCUCACCAGGGGAGACCUAUGGAUCAGCUGGGAGGAAGGGCAGAAGGUGUUUGAGGAGCUUUUGUUGGAUGGUGACUGGGCUCUGAAUGCUGGGAACUGGCAGUGGCUCUCAGCGAGUGCCUUUUUCCACCAGUUUUUCAGGGUCUACUCCCCUAUAGCCUUUGGCAAGAAGACAGACAAAAAUGGCGACUACAUCAAGAAGUACCUUCCUCUUCUAAAGAAGUUCCCAGCUCAGUACAUCUAUGAGCCUUGGAAAGCUCCUCGCAGCAUCCAACAGGCAGCAGGAUGCAUUGUGGGUAAAGACUACCCACAUCCUAUAGUGCAGCAUGAGGUGAUCAGCAAGAAGAACAUCCAGAGGAUGAAGUUAGCUUAUGCCAAGAGAUCCCCAGCCCCCACUGAAUCACCCAGUAAAAAGCAAGGUGAAAAGCGCAAGGCUCCAUCUGUUGUUGACAUGCUGAAGAAGAAAACAAAAAGAACGUAAUCACACACAAAUUUAUUCCAAAUCACAGAGUUAAUGACUGUUCAUUAUAAAUAACUGAAUAUGUGAGUUUUGGUAUUUUUCCAGUGCUAAAGCUCUAACUGGCAUAUGCAGGCAGGCUGUCUAUUAUGUCUCAUUUUUUAUUGCACCCUUCAUCGGUUUCCAUUUUAUAUUUUGAAUACAGGUUUUAUUUUUACUUUUUAUAUCUGUAACAUUUAUCUAUAUCUAUUUAGUGUUUAGGAGAAUUGCUGAGAAAGCUACAGUUUGUAUCAAGCACAGAAGUCUGUGACUGGUUCAUAAAAAAAGCCUUUUUAUUGUUAUGUUGUGAAAUGCUAAAGUGGCAUGUUACACCCUAAACACAGCUAACUCAGGUAUUUGUGUCUAAUCCAGAUAAAAUUGAUACAAAAUAUUACACAUGUGAGGCAGAAUCUGUGGCAUGUUUACAUUAAUGAAAUAUAAAAUCUGUAUUUUGGGGCAGAGAAUGGACUAUAUGAACUACUUCAGUGGUGAGAGUUCACCUCUUUUACCACUAGAGGUCACUGUAAUUCUACCUGCAGAAAAAUCUAUCACAUUGCCAUUCAUUCAUACUGAAUACUAUUAAUGAGGAUAAUACAGCAAGUUAACAAAGAAUCUAAUAGUAUGAUGAUAAUUGAUUUAAUCUGCCAGACAUAUUUAAUUUAAUUAAAAUUAUUUAUACUUUUAAUUAAUUAAUUGUUGUCAAUUGUUGAAAUAUUUUGUAUACGUUUCAGUUGUGUUCAGCACCAAGCAGCACAUUUCUAUGUGCAGCAAAGAAACAUUUCAAUAUCAUUAACCUGUAAUAAGUAUAAUGAAAUCACAGGUGAAAUACAUCAUUUUUUAUAUAUAUAUAUAUUCAAUCGUUAAUCUAAUAUUCCACAUAUUUAAUAGUAGGCUACAUUUUAUCUUCAGGGUGUUCUAAUUCCAACCACAAUGUCAGUCAUCUGCUUUUUCUAAGAAAUUCAUUCUUCAGCCUCCUCAUCCCUAAAACUUUAUAAUUAAUUCCGGAAACAGGUCAAAUUUAUCCCACGCAUCAGAGUGUCCGUCAGCUCGUGUCUGAUCAGGAGCACACUCCUUAUGCAAUAUUGACUUAGGACCAUUAGUCAAUAAAGAACAAUAUUCUGUA